CGGAAGUUGAACACGUCAGCCUGAAAAUUUCAAAAUAUUUGAAAAUUCAAACAUAUCUCACUGAAGUUCCAGGUUUUAAAGUUGUAAACAGGAAUUCAAAAUGGUUUUGAUGACAAUGAUAGCUAGGGUUGCUGAUGGCCUUCCACUAGCAGCAUCAGUUCAAGAAGAUGAACAGACUGGCAGGAACAUGAUGGAGCAUCAGAACCAAGCCAAAAGCCUUUUCAAGAAACUCAACAUGUCUUCCCCUUCAAGAUGCAGCUUAGAAUCUGGACCUGUAACAUUUCACUACCUUAUAGAAAGAGGAGCAGUAUUUUUGACAGUAUGCGACAAAUCAUUCUCUAAACGGUUAGCAUUUGCAUACUUAGAGGACCUACAAACAGAAUUUGUCUCACAAUACGGACAAAAAGUAGCCACAGUUUCAAGACCUUACAGCUUUAUAGAAUUUGACACAUAUAUGCAAAAAGCCAAGAAGUCCUACAUAGAUUCCAGAGCAAGAAGAAAUCUAGGUCAUCUUAAUACAGAGCUACAAGAUGUACAGAGAAUCAUGGUUCAGAACAUAGAUGAUGUAUUACAAAGGGGAGAAGCUCUUUCAGUGUUAGAUGACAAAUCCCGCAAUCUUUCAACUCUAUCACAGAAAUACAAAAAGGACGCUAAAUACCUAAAUCUUAGAUCAACUUAUGCCAAAGUUGGCGCAGCAGUGGUUAUAAUUGUUAUAUUUCUAUUGUAUAUGAGAUAUUGGUGGUUUUGAGAAGGAUUCCUAUUAGUUGAGAAGCACAGAAUAGGAUAUGAUUAAGAAUUGCCCAUAAAUGAAAUGUGUAUUUGGUCUGUUAGGGUUUCAAAGUCCCCUAUUGAUCUACAUGCCUGUUACAAACUUCGAGAUUGUUAUUAUAAGUAUAUACUGAUAAUUUAUACCGAAUACAGAAAUUUUUACCUUGGGGUUUAUGAUAAGCCUGUAUCCUUCUUUUUUAAGCUGACCCAAAUUGUUUUAAAUAAUACAGGUGUCAUUGUACUGUCAAUGUAUACUAUCUUCCAAUGUAUUUCUCACAUUCCUUCUCUGUCAAAAAAAUUAGUUAGUUCUUUACGAAACCUGUGUAAUGAGAGCAUUUUAUGAUGAGCACAUUAUAUUCUUACCGAGGUCAGGCCAGGUCACAUAAGGAGCUGGUAAAGCAGGAUUGUCCUGAAAUGUGAUUGGCCCAAUUUAUUUACUGUGAUGUGCGACAAAUUAGUUACCUAAAAUGUAAAAAUUCACAGAAUGUUGUGAUUAGUUUUAUUUAAUCUGCAAUUCUGUUUUUAUUUCUUCAUGAAAUUAUGAUAGAUUCUCUCUUUACUAGUCUUACUUAAGGUAGGUCAAGAACAAUUUAUCUUGCUAAUUAGCUUGUACCUGUAGACAUACAUUAUGGGCAGAGGUCCAACGUUUGUCAUCCUUUGCCCACCUUAAGUUUUGAGAAGGUCUUAUUAUAUUUGUUUAAAGUUAAUCCUUGAAGUAUAAAUCAUUCAAAAUUAUAAUGAGACUUGAGGGAAGUAAAGUGAUCACCAUGACAAUGUUGUCAUUCAUAUUCAUUUCAGUUUACCUAUAUAUCAUCAUGUUGCCAUAUCAUUAGCCUUUAAUAUAUUUAUAGUUAAUAUUUAUGAAUGUCAUGUAAUUACAUAUGCAGUAGUCUUGCAUCCUUCAUGGCUUAUCAAGGACAUAAACUGUUAUUGUGCACACUCUUAAAGUCUCUGGGCAUAGCUAGGAUUCUAAAAUAUGCGAGGCUUUAAAUAGGCAAGGAAAAGUUAGCCACAGAGGAUGUUAUCCUAUAUAGAACAUAAUUUUCAAUUUUUGGCAAGCUACACCUAUGGACUCAAGAUACUUGUCACUGGUAAAAGUAAAUAGUCCCAAACAAGGAGAAAGUUGGAAUGUGUCAUAUGUCCAUUACCGUCAAUGGUUAUGUAUGAUACAUGAUAUUUUGUUAAUUUUUAGUUACUGCACAUGAUGGUCUCUUCAGCAAUGAGACAACUAGGCUCUAUAUUCAGUCAUGUCAGUUAG